AUAAUUUCAAAAUAUCCCUAUUUUUGUAAUCUUUUUGUCCUUAGGACUUUAUCUACCAGCGAUGAUGUUGAGGACCGAGAGACCGAGAAAGGCCGCCUGGAAGAAGCUUAUGAGAAAUGUGAUCGGGAUUUGGAUGAGCUCAUUGUCCAGCACUACACUGAGCUCACCACUGCCAUCCGCACGUACCAGAGCAUCACAGAGCGCAUCACCAACUCACGCAACAAGAUCAAACAGGUGAAGGAGAAUCUGCUAUCAUGCAAGAUGCUGCUGCAUUGCAAGCGGGACGAGUUGCGCAAACUGUGGAUUGAAGGGAUUGAGCACAAACAUGUCCUGAAUUUGCUGGAUGAGAUAGAGAACAUCAAGCAAGUGCCUCAGAAGCUGGAACAGUGCAUGGCCAGCAAGCACUACCUCAACGCAACAGACAUGCUGGUGUCAGCAGUGGACUCCUUGGAGGGUCCACUUCUUCAGGUGGAGGGAUUGAGUGAUCUGAGACUGGAGCUCCACAGUAAGAAGAUGAACAUGCACUUAGUCCUGAUAGAUGAGUUACACCGUCAUCUUUACAUCAAAUCGACUAACCGAGUAGGACAACGCAACAAGGAGAAAGGGAGAAUAAGUUCACUUGUGAAAGAUGCCUCUCCUGUACCUCUUAUGGAUGUUACUAACUUGCCUACACCUCGAAAGUUCCUCGAAACUUCCCAGUUCAGUACUCCUGGAAGCUCCAGCGGGGUUUUUGUUAUUUAG